UUAUAAAUUGUUAUUUAAUUAAAGAUAUAUUAAAAAUUUCUUCUUUAAAUGUAGUAUUUUUCAUUUUUGUGGUAUAUAUAUUGUACAAAAUAUAAUUGUUGGACGUAGAACUUACAAAUGGUUAUUGCCGCGAAAGUUUUAAUACUUAAGUGAACUCUUCAAGUACAUUGUCUGUUUAUUAUGGAGGCAAUAGUUUUGGGUACAUUGUAUGAAAAAUAUAAAGAGAUAUACGUCUCUAAUUUGCCUUUUUGUGUGGUUUGUAUGCGUACUAGGAGAGAUGGGUACAUGGUACCGCCAAAAGCUAUAGUAGAUUUUCGUGGGAUCACCAAGAGAAAUCAAUUUGAGGAUAUAGCAGUAUGUUCUAUAUGCGAGGAGAUAGCAUUGAAUGCAAUGAAGCUGUUCAAAGCGAUGCACUGUUCUCGGACUCUGAUAAAUGUACUGAAACAUCUGCAGAGAGAGAAUCUGUCACUACAGGACUUCAGCAAUCAACUAGUCUACUUUAAAACUGUGAACAAGUAUGGAGAGAAAUCAUCCAUAGAUUACAAAUAUUUAUUGAAUGUAGUUGAGAGUUAUUGCAAUUAUGCAAAAACACAAGGAUCGACUGUUCACACAGAUCUCUCUACGAGUAACAAACCACCAGACAGUCCAGACACCAACAGCAACAGAGUGCCAGAGACAAUUCUCAUAGAUGACGACAACGACGCACCGACAACAACACAGUUAGCCAAAUUAUUGACCAAACCACUACACUUGCUGCAGAAGCCAAUCAGUAACGAACCAGCAAUGAUGACGGGGAUGAAACCAGAGUCUUAUCUACAUACGAACGGGCCAUCGUUAUUUACAACCCCUCCGAUAAUAAAUAAAGAAGUAAAUGUUAAUAAAGAUAUUCAUAAUAAAAGAAAGAGAAAAAGUCCUGAUGAUAAUACUGAAAGGAGUAAACUAGACUUGGCUGCGGAGGCAGAUGAAUCUAUUGUAGAACACGCUAUAGCUCGCCCCCGGGCUUUGAACGCGUCCAAAGUGGACUGGGAGAAUAAAAUACCAAUGGAUUUCAUUUACUUUACGGACCAAGGGGAACCGAGUAAUGCCUCAUGCCAAAUUAAACGAAUCAGAUCUGUUACAAUUGAAGAGAACGCCAGCAGUAACUGUUCGACUAGUACGUGGUAACAGAAGCCUGAAGUAAUGCUGUAUAGCAACGGAAAUACCGACCAUCUGGCAAAGUUAGGGGUAAAAACCGCCCAACUGGGACCUGAACCCUUCUGGGGUGUGCCUCGUUGCCUAAAACUGGGACGUCUCAAAUUAAUAACCAAACGAGAAGCACUGAAUCACUGGCAAGAAAUGCCAGGAUUAACACAUUCAAAAGACUUAAUAUCGGGCUACUCGAACAAAUACUCCAAUAGACUACUGCUAUUGAGUAAAAACAACAUAUGCAUGAUGACUAGGGCCCUCACAGGACACUGCAAAUUAAACAAGCA